AUGGCUCCCAGGAAGAACAAGAAGAAGAAUACCGUUCAUGCCAAAUCUAAUCCAGAGCCCGUUGUAACUGGCAAGAAAAAACUGAAAAAGAACGGGAAAACCGUUUCACCUGCUGAUGAGAUGACCUCGCAAGUGGAAACUCCGACCCCGAAGAAAAAGGAAGACGAAAAACUAGGGGCUAAUGACGAAUCUACGCCUACUCCUCCCGUAGUUAAGAAGAAGCCCUGCACGUGGCUCAAACUCGACCGGCUCAACUCGUCGGCUGUGAACAAGUCAUCACUUGAGAGCUGUAAACAUGACCAGGAAGCAAAACCAAAGCCGAGUCCCCAAGCUCAGGCCUCGAGGGACAACAAGAAGAGAGCUCGAGAAGAAAGCGGUGAAGAGCGAAUCAAAAGUACCCAUCCAAAUUUUAGUAGAAAGAAUGUGGAGUUGAGUUUCGAGAAGAAAAAGGAAAAACAAACGUCGAACGAGACGCGCGAUGAUGAUGAUGAUAAUGAUGAUGAUGAUGAGGAUGACGAUUCUAGUAAAGGCCUUGGCGGAUUGAUUUUUAUGUGCAAUGCGAAAACCAAACCGGAUUGUUUCGGGUACAAGUUGAUGGGUGUGCCCCUGAAGCAGAAAGAGGUCGUGAUGGGCAUUAAGCCCGGCCUCAUACUUUUUCUUUACGAUUAUGACCUAAAGGUCUUGUAUGGGGUCUUUGAGGCUUCAUCUCCGGGUGGUAUGAAACUCGAGCCAACUGCUUUCAAUGGUGGUUUUCCUGCUCAGGUCCGGUUCAAUGUACAUAAGGAGUGCCCUCCAUUACCGGAAAGCGUGUUUAAGAAAGCACUUAAAAACAACUAUGACGAGAGGACGCGCAAGUUCAAAACAGAAUUGACCAUGAAGCAGGUAAAAAAUCUGAUAAAUUUGUUCUGUACUGCACCAAAAUCAUCACAUCCUAGCAAUAGCCAGCCUAUGGUCCACAAACGCUAUCCGAUUCAUCAAAACACUUAUCCUAACGCCAUUCUUCCUCGGGACCCACUUUUUCUUACCGAACAAGAGUACAGAAACAGAGGCCUCGUCCAGCAAGGGGAGCCUCAGCCAAGUAAACUUGACCAUGAACUGAAGCAGCUCCUUAGGAAUCGGCCAUCCACUGGAACUGAGCCCACCAAUCAAAACGAUCCAUUUUUUCUCAGUGAAAAGCAUUAUCGCUCUUUCGGCCUAAGAGGGCCCCAGCCUAUUCCGAACGCCAAUGAAAUUAUUACUAACACAGGGAAUUAUAAUAUUAACAAUAAUGCUUGCAACCCUUAUGACGAGGCCACAACUUCACUGGUGAAUCGGUAUUUGGGAUUUUCAGGGGCAUCAACUAUUCCAUCUACUACGCCUUAUAUCCCAACACCGUCAUCAACUUAUGCAAGUGAUCUGAACCGUGUGAGUAUGCUUCCCGAUGGGGAAAGAGGUUUCACAGCAAAUUAUUACUUGCACGAAAGGCCAGCUGUUGUGGGCCAUGAGCCUUCUUCGGUUUUCGGUAUGGGGAAUUCUUUGGGGGGAGAAAAUGACCUGAAGCCUGCGCCUGUUUCACGUUUGUACUCAUUUGGAGGGCCUUCUUUGUCACGACACUGA